AUGGCUAAUGAAUGCUCAAAUUCUGAAAAUUUAUUUCCUGCUUAUAAUCAACAUGAGAAUCUUCAAGAAGAAAAUCAAGACAUUCAACGUAUUAAUUUAGAAUUAAAUGAAAAAAAUCAAGAAAUUUCACGUAAUAAUUUAGAAUUAAAUAAAAAAUAUUAUCAGGAAAUCUCACGUAAUAACUCAAAUUUAAUUAAGGAAAAUGAAAAAAUUUUACGUACUAUAAAUAAUGAUUUAAAAGAAAAACUUCAAAAUAUAAAUGAACAAUUUGAAAAACUUCAAAAGGAUUUAAAUUUGGAAAAACAAAAAAAUAAAGAAAUUCAACGACUUGAAGUAAUUUCUCAAAAUUUAGAAAAAAAUUUAAAAAUAUUGGAAGUUGACGAAAUUGAUAAUAAUACUAUUAAUGUUUUUAAAGAAAACAAUGAACAAAAAAAUUGUAAUAUUAACAAUAAUCGAACAACCUUCGCUUUAAAUUAUAGUAAAGGGUUAGAUGUUAGGGUUAUAGUCGGAUUAGAUUUUGGAGUAACAUAUUCUGGAUUCGCUUAUUGUCAUGUUAAUGAUGAUUAUCAAGAUAUACAUACAAAUGAUAUUUGGCCUAUGGUAGCUGGUCGGUUCAAAACAAAUACAGUUCUUCAAUAUGAUGAUGAAUUUAAUAAUGUGUUUUAUUGGGAUAAUUUAAAACCAAAACUUCCGAUCGAUUACAAAAAGGCUAUUACUGACUAUCUUAGAGAAAUCGGAAUGGUCAUUAAAGGACUAUUGAAUGCCGUUGGGGUGGAAUUGACUACUUUGAAGAUGUAUUAUAGAGAUUCAGAAAAACUGCAAUUUACUACAGAAUCUAAAGCUACUGCAUUAUAUUGUGUGAAACAUUGUUUUAAACAGACAUUUAUGUUUGUUGACUGCGGUAAAUAUACUACAGAUUUGACUAUUCGUAAGUUAGAUAGAAAUAAUCCAUUGCAUAUAGAUAAAGUUACAACAUACAAUAAAGACUUCUGUGGAAGUAAAUUGAUUAAUGAAGAAUUUAUUAAAUUUUUACGUGAAAGACUUGGAACUUGUGCCAUAGAUCUAUUGAAAGAAAAUAAUUAUAAUAAACUACAAUACAUGUAUGUCAGUGAAGAAACUAGAGAGAUUAUGGAAUAUAAUGAAUUGAUCAUUAACAUUAAAUAUGAUGAUAUAAAAAAAAUGUUUGAUACUCUUAUUGAUAGAAUUAUUCGUUUGAUACAUAUACAACUUUUGAACGAUAAAGAAAAUUGUUCUGCAAUAUUUUUAACUGGGGAUUUUUGUGUAAACAAAUAUUUACAAAAUAGAAUAAAAGAAGAAUUUAGUCACCAAGUGAAUAAUAUUUCAGUUCCUGUUCAUCCAGAAGCAGUAAUUUCACGUGGAGCUGUAAUUUAUGGAUUAUCCAUAAUAUCUUCAAAAACUUUGGUUGAACGAGACACUAAAAUUACACCUGAACAAACUUUUUCCUUUAAUUUUGAACCUGAAUCUAAUCAGGCACGUGGAAGUUUUGCAAUUUACUAUACACGAAAGUACAAUAUAGAGUACUGUGAUGAACUAGGAACGAAACUACUUGGGAUAUUAAAUAUUGAUCUUUUAGACUCUGUACAUCUCGAUAAUGGAAGUAUUAAUUUCGAGCUAACCUUUGGUCAAUAUGAAAUUAUUGCUUCUGCAAGGAAUGAAAAUGGACAAGAGCAUAUGACCACUUUUUGUUACCCAGCAGAUUAUGAUUUUUGAUUUUGUAAAUAAAUU